UUACUUUGUUGGUAGUAAAACGUAAUCGGGCUUUUGAAGAUUUAGGGUCAGGCCGCUUCACACUCAUCCCACAACACACUCCCUUCAUCCUUUCUCUCUCCGUUGCCAUCUCUCUCUUUCUCUCUCAUCACCUCCGGCGACCUCUCUGUUUUCUCAGAGAGGCAAGCUCCCGUUGAUCAACAUGUCUACUUUUGCGAAACCGGAAAAUGCUUUGAAACGAGCUGAAGAACUGAUCAAUGUUGGUCAGAAGCAAGAUGCCCUUCAGGCGCUUCAUGACCUUAUUACCUCCAAAAGGUAUAGAGCAUGGCAGAAAACGUUGGAAAAGAUCAUGUUUAAAUACAUAGAACUUUGUGUUGACAUGAGGAAGGGUAGGUAUGCCAAAGAUGGUUUAAUACAAUACCGCAUUGUGUGCCAACAAGUGAAUGUGAACUCUUUAGAGGAAGUAAUCAAGCAUUUCAUGCAAUUGUCAACUGAGAAGGCUGAGCUUGCUCGUAAUCAAGCUCAAGCAUUAGAAGAAGCGCUUGAUGUUGAAGACCUCGAGGCAGAUAAGCGGCCUGAGGAUCUAAUGCUAAGCUAUGUUAGUGGUGAGAAGGGAAAGGACAGGUCUGACCGUGAACUUGUUACACCAUGGUUCAAAUUUCUGUGGGAGACAUACAGAACUGUUUUGGAAAUCUUACGUAAUAAUUCAAAAUUGGAGAAUCUUUAUGCUAUGACAGCACAUCGGGCUUUUCAAUUCUGCAAGCAAUACAAACGUACCACAGAAUUUCGUAGACUCUGUGAAAUAAUCAGGAACCAUUUGUCUAAUCUGAAUAAAUACAAAGACCAGCGAGACAGGCCUGAUCUGACAGCUCCAGAAAGCUUGCAAUUGUAUCUCGACACAAGAUUUGAGCAACUAAAGAUUGCAACUGAACUUGAACUUUGGCAGGAAGCAUUUCGUUCGGUAGAAGAUAUCCAUGGCUUGAUGUGUAUGGUUAAGAAGACCCCAAAGGCUUCACUGAUGGUCGUUUACUAUGCCAAGCUGACCGAAAUAUUUUGGAUUUCUGGAAGCCAUCUGUAUCAUGCUUAUGCUUGGCUCAAGCUUUUCUUGCUCCAAAAGAACUUCAACAAAAACUUAAGCCAGAAGGAUUUGCAGACCAUAGCAUCAUCUGUGGUUUUGGCUGCCCUCUCUGUCCCUCCUUAUGACCAUGCCCGUGGUGCGUCUCAUUUGGAACUCGAGAAUGAAAAAGAGCGGAAUAUGAGGAUGUCCAAUCUUAUAAAUUUUAAUCUGGAUCCCAAACCUGAGAGCAGAGAAGUGCUCUCACGCUCAGCUCUUCUUUUGGAACUGGUCUCCAAAGGUGUUAUGUCUUGUGUACUUCCGGAAGUGAAAGAUCUUUAUCAUCUUCUAGAGCAUGAGUUUCUCCCCAUGGAUUUGUCUUUAAAAGUCCAGCCCUUGUUGAACAAAAUUUCCAAGAUUGGCGGGAAACUCGCUUCAGCUUCUUCUGUACCAGAAGUGCAAUUGUCGAAGUAUGGUCUUGCUUUGGAAAAGCUAGCAACCCUGAGAUUGCUACAGCAGGCUUCCCAAGUUUACCAAACAAUGACCAUUGAGAGUUUGUCCCAGAUGAUUCCCUUUUUUGAUUUUUCUGUUGUGGAAAAGAUUUCUGUAGAUGCUGUCAAACACAAGUUCUUAACCAUGAAGGUUGACCAUAUGAAGGGUGCUGUUUCGUUUAGUAUUUUGGAUCUUGAAUCUGAUACCUUGAGAAAUCACCUUACAGCGCUUGCUGCAUCUUUGAAUAAAGCUAGGUCCAUGAUAUAUCCUCCCCUAAAUAAAGCAUCAAAAAUCAGAGAUACUUUGCCUGGUUUAGCCGAGGUUGUGGAGAAGGAACACAAGAAGCUUCUUGCUCGUAAAGCAAUAAUUGAACAGCGCAAAGAGGAACAAGAACGCCAGCUUUUGGAGAAGGAACGUGAGGAAGAGUUGAAGAGACUAAAGCUACAAAAAAAUACUGAGGAAGCUGAACAAAAACGACUUGCAAUUGAAUUCGAGAAGAGGAAAAUUCAGCGCAUCCAAAAUGAAAUCGAAGAACGUGAGAGGGAAGAAGCAAAAGCUCUACUUAUGGAAAAGUUUUCCAAAAAUAAGAAGAAACCAAUUAUAGAAGGGGAUAAGUUGACUAAGCAAGCGUUGAUGGAGCUGGCUCUUAAUGAGCAGCUGAGAGAGAAACAAGAAAUGGAGAAAAAACUUCAGAAGUUGAGCAAGCAGAUGGAUUAUCUUGAGAGAGCUAAGAGAGAGGAGGCUGCUCCAUUAAUUGAAGCUGCAUAUCAGCAACGCUUGGUUGAGGAACAGCUUCUGCAUGAGCGUGAGCAACAGCUUGAGGUUGAACUCAGCAGGCAACGUCAUGAAAGUGACCUUCAGCAAAAGAAUAGACUAGCUCGUGUAAUGGAAAACAAGAGGAUUUUCGAAGAAAGAGUGAUGAGCAGCCGUCACUCUGAAUUCGAAAGAAUGAGACAAGAACGUGAGGAGCAUAUCCGUCAAGUUCGCCAGGCACGUAGUCAAGAAAGGCUAGCUAAGAGGAAGAUGAUUUUCUAUUUGAAAUCAGAAGAGGAAAGAUUGAACAGGCUGCGUGAAGAGGAAGAAGCACGGAAGCGUGAAGAGGCUGAGAGAAGAAGAAAGGAAGAAGCUGAGCGCCAAGCUAAGCUGGAUGAGAUUGCAGAGAAGCAACGACAGCGAGAGCAGGAACUUGAAGAAAAAGAGAGGUUGAGAAGGCAACAAAUCCUUGUUGGUGAGCCUGCUGUUCGAUCUUCUGAGACUCCUACUCCUGCCAAGCCUCAAGUCGAGGCUGUACCUGUUGCACCAGCAGCGGCAGCAGCUUCUGCUGCUCCUGCUGCUGGGAAAUAUGUACCUCGGCACUUGCGUGGUAAAGUGCCUAGUUCUGGUCAGGCCCCACCUCCGGUUAGGCGUGGUGCAGGUGGUGGUUGGUAAUCAACUCGUGUUUGGGUUCUGACGCAUAGUUUUGUUACUUUGUAUGGCUAUUCCCGGAGUUCAAACUCUUUCAAUUUUGGCAAUGUUCGUAUUUAUGCUGAUGAAUAGUAUUUGAGUAGAGAGUAUUAAGAGGGACAUUUGACUCUCCGAUAAUGUAUUUUUAUUGAAAUAUCUUUGAUGCCUACCUUGUGGUGGAUGUACUUUUUUGGAUAUUGAUCAUGGUAUUUUUCGAAUAAUAGAUUGGCAUCAUAUUAAUUA